AUGGCUCACGCAAUAUUCAAUGUUUCUCCAGUCAAAUUCUUGACGUCGAUUCAGGAUCAUGUCUUUACAGUUACGCCUUCAUUUAAGAAUAAACUAUAUAGACAAAACAACAGCAAUGAAGGUAGCUCUCAGCAACAACAACUAGAAAAUGAGCAAAGAAAUUCAUCAAGCUCGCCUGUAACAUUGCAACUCACAUUACCCACUGAUUCAGGCAUGGAUCAAGAAUUGUCACAGCAAUUGCAGCAGCAACAGCAGCAGCAGUAUCAGCAAGAAAUGGCAGAGAUUCCUUCUUCCAGUGUGCCUAUUGAUAUUCCCAGAUCUUACCCUCUCAAUGUACCGAAUACCACAGAAUACAAGCAAGGAUUGAUGCCCAACAACAACAUGCUCUCUACUUCCUAUACAUCGCAUCACUCAUCUUUCCAAGAUAACAACAAUUUAGUUGCCUUGGCCAAUAGCAUACCAAACCACAACCAAUCGCCUUUUCUUCCUGCUGAUGAUUUGACGCUCUGUUUUGAUGGAUUGGCUGUGAAAUCUCCCACAGGUUCUUAUUAUUCUCACCAGAACGGUUUUUAUUCUCCACAACAGAAUGGCAUCUACUCUCCACAACAGAUCAAUAGCCCUAUCAACAUUGGGUCUCCUCAUUCGCCUGUAUACUUUGGUAGCCCUCAAUCACCACAUUACAACAACAAUUUCUUGGCAAAUGAUCCCUCGCAAUACUCGUUUGUGGGUAGUCCUAAUUCCACUCAUUUCCUCGGUAGCCCUGCUUUGACACCCUUCAUGAAUGAAAAUGGCUUUGGUUCCUAUCUUUCGCCCACAAAUCAACAGCAACAUCUGUCGCCUGUCAACAGCCCUUCUCCUACAGGUAGUUAUGUGGGCCAAAAUUACUUGUUUCCGCCUACAGCGCUCCAAACAGGCAAUUUCUCUAGACCCACCUCUCCUGUACCAGAUGAUGUGAUCUUGACUGCUUCAGAAGUAAAUGACUAUAUAAACUCACCUUAUCUGUCUCCUACUGCUGCCUCACAUUCGGCUUCUCCUGCGCUCAUGGGACAACAGCACUUACAACAACAGCAGCAAUCAUUAAGUAUCAACACGGAUGUAAACUACGGUAACAAUGGUGAUAUCUCUGAGAUUUUGUUCGGUAAUGCAAUGAAUACAGCAGCCAUCACCACUACCAAUAACUCCAGCAGUGUGACUCCAGCCUCUCCUCUAACCACAACCAACUUGGACGACAUGGACCUAUUCCCAUCUGUUGUGAAACAAUCCUCGCCACAAACACAAACACAAGCACAAGCACAAACGUAUACACAGCCACAUCAAUAUGUGUUCUCUGAAGAAGAUGAGGAAGAUGAUCAUGAAGUUGCUGAGGAGGAUCCCAAUGAUACGACCAAGAGCAGAUCAAUCAAAAAGACAACUCCUUCUGGCAGAAAGGCAAAGAUACACAAAUGCCCUUACUGCCAUCACACCAGUAAUCGAGCCAAUAAUAUGCGUGAACAUGUACAGAUACAUAAUCCAAACCGUCCUAAACCUCAUGCUUGUAAAUUAUGCUCAAGGGCAUUUGCUCGUAAACAUGAUAUGAAUCGACACUAUAUCUCUUGUAAGAAACAGCAUACAAAGCAAUAUAAACACAAUAGCAGCGACCAUAUUCCCCCACAAAAUACAUAG